CUUGAUAAAGAUGGAAGCUUUCAUAUGCCCUUUAAAUGUAAACAGAUGAGCAUACAUGUAUCUCUACUUAAGAUUACAUCAAUGUUUAUCUAACCAUCAUUUUAUUAAAAAAAAUCUUCAUUGUAUCUUAAUCAAUAAAGAACAGCAUGAAUCUGGUCAAACAUUGUACACCUUUAGCAGCGGCCAUUACUCUGCUUAGUGCCUCUCUUUCUCUUACUGGGGGAUUUGCACUAUUGCUUACCUACAACAAGAUAGUAGAAUUCCAAACUCCUGUCAGAAAACUUCUGGUUUUUCUUACAGUUGCCGACAUUUUUUCAGCAUUUGGAUACAUAGUUGGUACUGCUAAUUAUCUCAGACUGGACGAUUCCCAGAGGAACACGACAGAUCCAAUAUGUAGAGGACAGAGUGCUAUCACAACAUUCGCCAGCCUUAGUUCAUUUGCUUGGACAUCCAUCAUUGCAGUUCAUUUGUUUUUGGCCAUUAGAAUACAACAGGACUUUGAAAGAAAUCGCCUUCUGAAAAUCGUUUAUUAUAUUUUAGGCUGGGUUGGCCCAGCUAUCAUCACUAUCUGUUUUCUGAUCAUGGACAAGCUUGGUCGAGAUGGACAACUUACAGUCACCGGUCUGUGGUGUUGGGUCAAGGUCGAACACAGCGAUGGAACCCCGGACAAAGUGUUGAUGCUAAUGUCCGGGAAACUGUGGGAACUAAUGACGUAUGUCCUGUCAUUUUCGAUGUAUAUGUUACUGAAGAUAAACACGUACUUUGAGAGACAGGAAAAAAGAAGUUACUGCUGGAGUGAUGUAGAUGGCGCUAACCUGAGAAAUGAAGAUGAACGAUUCUGUUUCACGUGGCUCAUUCUGUAUUUACUUCGGUUUUGGGGAACAAUAAGAUUCUUCUUCGCUGUGAUUAAUAAACAGUCCGACGGGAUAAUUUAUGCAGAUACUCUCUUUAUGUAUAUCCAAUGCGCAGGUGACAGUGCGCAAGCCUUGGGAAACUUCAUUUUGUUUUGUCUACUUGACAAAAAUAUCAGAAAAAAGUAUCGUGAAACUAUUGGUAAUUUUUGCAAAAUGCGAACAAGGUAUGAAUCACUGAAUGCAUCGUAGGUUGAGUUUGAAUAUUAUCAUUGUACCUUGUACAAAGAGAGGUAGUGAAGAGAAACAACCAUUUCGUUGGUUUAUUUCCUAGUUUAUGUUAAAAUAUUGACUAAAUGAUUUUAUUG